AUGACCAUACUCAAUAUCCAAUCGAAAACUCGACAUAAAACAAUGUCUGAGACGCCUGAGAGGUCCCAAAGCCAGCUGUUUGUGACUGAGGAAGAUGAGGAUGUGGUAAUGACUAACGAAACGGCCGAAGACGCGGCUGAAAACGACCCAGUGGUGAGUGAAAUACCGAUCAACUUGACGAACGGGCCGUUCCCACUGCAUAUCUUACAAUACCUCAACAAGCCGCGGAAAAUCGCCCAGGAUGCGGUGCUCCAUCCACCUGUCAGCCAAGUAAGAUACAAGACGAAAUCUGCGUUGUGGGAGCUGGACGUGCCGGUCAACACAGAGGUUUUUUACGACAAGAACAGGGCAGAAGAUAACUGGGAUUCCGUGGCUCAUCAAACACUCAAGGGCGUCAGUGUACCGAGCGAAGGCCAGUACGUAGGAUUGAUGGUGCAAAAUGAGCUUUAUUUGGCGCCUGUGGAAGCCGUAGCACAGGUAAGGCCCUUUUUCAAAUAUAUAGACUCGGCAGCUGCGCGCGCCAAGCGGGACGACGACGACUUGGGAUCACAACAAGCAGCCAACCCACAGGCCAAAAAGGCCCAGAUGGUGACGAUGUCUGUCAAGAGCAGCAGCGAAGCGAAUCAGCCUCGUCUGGGUGGAGCAUUGCUUGCUCACAAGGUCGCAGACGAGGAACCACCCCAAGAGCUGGAGUGGAUCGAGGGCACUUUCCCGCAAUUUCAGCAAAGUGUUAUCACUGAGGAGGCUAGGGUCCGUCUGCAGCCUCUAGGUAAAAGUGACGACUAUUUAUCAAAGGCUAUGUAA